AUGAAGUUUGCAAAGGACCUUGAACGGGAACUGGUUCCUGAAUGGCGGGCGAAGUAUUUGAACUACAAGGGUGGGAAGAAGAAGGUCAAAGCCAUCGCAAGAGCUCUCCGACAUGUCGAACAGGCAUCAUGGACUCCCGGGCGGCGGAGGUUCAGCCAAAUUAGCGCUACACGCCGUGACUCGAUCCAAUUCCCGUUGACGCCUAAUGAAAUACCUGGACUUAGCAGUGUAACGCAGGGUCAUGCAGGUAAUUGGGCGAACCAAGCCGCACCGGAACGGUCACCGCUUCGAACUCCAGCAUCUCGAUUCGACCAGACUGAAGGAUAUGGAAGCAUUGUGCCACCACGACCGAGCCACACAGUUUCUCCCUCUUUAGUUCCUUCCUCACUUCAGCUUCCUGAUCCCGCAAUUGAUCCAGAUGACAACUAUUUUACGCCCCGGAAUGAAUCAUCUACUCUGCACAACGAUGGGCUUCUGGCACCCUAUUCAAACAAGCAAAAGAAUCUUCGCCCUGGACAAAAUACACAAUCCGGGCGCGGAUCAUUACGCAAGCAAAUAAGAGAUCGGCGACCUACAAUUGGCACCCCUGGCCCAAGGCCUUCGUUUAUCCACCGAAUGUUCUCAUCUAGCCCAGAAUAUGAGAAUUCUAAAACCCAGGCACCCGCACAGGAGCAAGCUCUUGCCGAACUGAAAACUAAGGAGGCCGAAUUUUUUGCUUUCAUGGACAAAGAGCUGUCAAAGAUCGAAACCUUCUAUAAGUUAAAAGAAGAUGAAUCGACUAAGAGGCUGCAAUUACUCAGGGAUCAACUACAUGUCAUGCGGGACUUACGCCUUGAAGAAAUCAGGCUGAAGAAAAACCAAUCAAAAUCUGAAUCUGGAGAGGCCACGAAUGGCAUCAAAGGCCCUGCUGGCCAGACCGCUGCCACCUGGACUAGACCUUUGGCCCGUGGUAGAGGCUCCCAUAUCGGGAAGACAACCAAGGCAAUGGCACAAUUAUCAACACCUAGCGGUCCAGUACCACGGGCAAUGCCGGACGAGCAGAGAGAUUUUGUCACCCGCAAAGAAUACCAAAGUGUACCUUAUACCUCUGCAAAGAGGAAACUAAAGCUUGCCCUUUUAGAAUUCUAUCGCGGCUUAGAACUGCUUAAAUCAUAUGCUGAUUUAAACAGAAAGGCAUUUCGAAAGAUGAAUAAAAAGUAUGACAAGGUUGCAUACGCCCGCCCCACUGGGAGGUAUAUGACUGAAAAGGUCAAUAAGGCAUGGUUUGUACAGAGUGACAUUGUUGAGAAUCACUUAGUUGCAGUUGAAGAUUUGUAUGCCCGUUAUUUUGAACGAGGGAACCGCAAAGCUGCCACUCAUAAACUGCGUGGCAAAGCAGGGAUUCCAACGGACUACUCCCCAAAUUCGUUCCGAAAUGGGCUAAUGCUAGCCGGGGGACUCGUAUUUGGUGCGCAGGGCCUUGCCUAUGCAAUUGGUCACUUGUUCAGCGAUGAAAUCGACGUCAAGACAGAAACCAGUUAUCUUCUUCAGGUACAGAAAACAGAUACCUCUACUACGAUGGGAGACCUUUCUAACAUUUUUUUUCUCUAG